AUGUCCUCCUCUCCUACCGUCGACUUGACCCCAUUCCCCGCAGCCGCCCCCGCGGGUCCCACGACCGAGCUUCGCUUCGCAGACGUGGCCGUCACGGCGACUGCGGAUGAGUUCAAGGGUAUCUACCGCGGAAAGAAAUGUCACGAGCCAGACUUUGUUCACACCCUGGAACGGGCCAAGGAGGCUGGUGUGAGCAAGGUCAUGCUCACCGGCAUGUCCCUCGCUGAUGUGCCCUACAAUGAGGCCAUCGCCAAGUCUCGCCCUACGCAGUGCUACAUCACCAUUGGUGUGCACCCGUACCAUGCCUCUGAGCUGGACGAGGGCGGCAAGGCGUACCUCAAUGAUCUGGAGCAAAAGGUCAAGGAUGCGCUGGCGCAGGACCCGGUUCACAUCGCUGCCUUUGGGGAGCUGGGCCUCGACUACGAUAGAGAGGUUCAUGCAUCCAAGGAGGUGCAGAAACGUGCCUUUAAGGCACAGCUUGACCUCUUUGUCGAGAAUAAGUGGGAUCUCCCACUGUUUCUGCACUGUCGUGCUGCGUUCGACGACUUUGUCGAGAUCAUGACACCCUACAUGGAUAAGCUGCCCCGCCGCGGCCUGGUCCACAGCUUCGUCGGCUCCACGUCGCAGAUGGAGAAGCUCGUCUCCAUGGGCCUUGACGUGAGCGUCAACGGCUUCAGUUUCAAAGACGCCGAGAGUCUAGAAAUGGCAUCCAAGAUCCCACUGGGUUCGCUGCAGAUCGAGACGGACGCGCCUUGGGGGGAGCUCAAGUCGACCUCGGAAGUUGUAAAGCGGUACUGCACCAAUGCCAAGGCUCUUCCGGCGUCGAAGAAGAAGGAUAAGUGGGAUGCAAAGUGCAUGAUCAAGGAGAGGAAUGAGAGCUGCUCGAUUGAGAGGGUUGCGUUUGUUGUAGCUGGGUUGAAGGGUGUUAGUGUUGAUGAGGUCGCUGAGGCGGCGUGGAAGAAUAGCGUCAAGAUGUUUGGCCUCGGAAGAAGGUUGAGACACAUUCAACUUGACUUGGCAACUCGACUCAUCAUGCCUUUCGAUCUCAACUCGGUUCCUGACUAUGAUGACAUUCCAAAGGUUGAAGGCAUGCCCAAGGGCUGUGCUUGGGGUGUCUUUGACCAAGACGGUAAAAAGGACAUGGUUGGAACACUCAACUUCUUGACUCCAGAGGUUGUCAAGAACGCCGCUCUAGAAGUCAAGGACGGAGUCUCAAUCUCUCUCAACUGGCCCAUUAAUGCCAUGAACAAGCUUGCUAUCCCCGGGCGCAAGGCAACUGAGCACAGAGUCCUGUACAUCCCCGAAAGCCUGGCGGGGCUUCCUUUCGAGCAGGGCAAGUCGUGGGAUGAUGAGCUCGACUUUAAUACUCAGGGCAGCAGCCAAUGGGAUAGUCUGUGCCAUUUUCAGCACCAGGACUCUGGCCUGGCGUAUAACGGCGCAAACCCGGACAAGGAAGCUUUGUCGGCUGAGUCGACUGCGUCGAACACCAUGCCGACAUUGGAUCAUUGGCAUACGCGCGGAUGUAUCGCCGGAAGAGGUGUCCUGAUUGACUAUGCUGCCUACGCCGAGGAGAAGGGUAUCGAGUUUCACCCUUUUGACGGAAACCGCAUCACUGUGGAGGAUCUGGAAGCCUGUGCCGCACACCAGGGUGUCGAGUUCCGACCCGGCGACGUCCUCCUCGUGAGAACCGCCGCUACAGAAGUCGUCGACAAGAUGGAUCCUGUAGGUUUAGGCAAGAUGGCCGCCGCCAAACUGUCUGGCCUUCACGGGUGCGAGGAGACUGCGCGAUGGCUCUGGAACAAGCGCUUCUCGGCUGCUGCAUCCGACUCGAGCAGCUUUGAGGCGUUUCCUCCUCUGAAGCCUGAUGGAUCGAUCGGUGGGAUGAAGGACCUGGUGCUUCACACAUAUUGCCUCAGCUUCUUUGGCAUGUCAAUUGGCGAACUGUGGGAUCUCAGCAAGCUGGCCGCAUACUGCAAAGAGAAGAAGCGGUACUCGUUCAUGAUUACCUCGUCACCUUUGAACCAACCGGGGCUAAUUGGAUCGCCUCCAAAUGCGCUGGCCAUUUUUUAA